CAGUUGAUUGUAAAUGUGAGGGUAAAAGAGCAAGCGAGGAAAAAUUCCAUUAUCGACAACCCCGCACGUGAAGGAUCGAUAAUUGUAACCUAGUUACGAGAGUUCAGAAGUCUGGAGUAGAUAUGGCUGCCAUUCAAGAAGUGUCAGUUGUUCGAACUAUUUCCUCGAUUAAAGGAAUUCAUUUGAAAAUGAUGAUGAUGCAGUUUUCGCCGGUACGCGAUUUUUAAGGAAUUUCACAGGGAAUCUUAAUAAAAGAUAAACAAUAAGCGUAUUAUCCUUUAAUAAAGUCUAAAAUAUAUGCUAUAAUGCCUAUAUGUAUAUAUCUAUCUAUGUACACCACAGACGAUAGGCAAAAGAAUCAUGAAGUCCUGUGUAUUUUUUACAAAUGAUGUAGGUUUUCUAGUUGUAAGAUUUGAUAAAAAAAAUAGAAAAUUAGAUUUCGAGAAGACGAUUAAUGAGCAUUGAGUAUAUUUUUAGCAAAACUUAACUUGGAUAAAAUAUCCUGCAUGUAAAACUUUAAUAUAGGAUCUAAGAUUUGUAAUACUAGACGUUUGAACCAAUUCACAAGUCCAUUUUCACAAAUAGUGUCAUGGCUAGCGUAUUAUAGUCUAACGCGCAUCAAUCACUUAAAAGUAACUUGAUACUAAUGUACCUAAGAUGUAAUGGAGGUUCAGAAUAUAGUUUACUUCCAGUUUUCUUACCAGUCGCAUACUGGAUGAACAACAUCAACACUACACAAUUUUUUUAAAUUUCUAUGCAGGAUUAUGCAGUCAGUUCUGAAAUUUCUUUUUUUGUUCUGUAUUGCACAAUAUGUGUUUACUUUCCGUUGUGAUCGGCGACCGUAUGGUUCUCUGACACAUCCCUCAGCACCUGAUGGAAGAUUCAAACUGGAAGUUGAAGGAGCGGACGAAACAUAUAUUCCAAAUCAAUUGUACACAGUACGAAUAACAGAAACGGAUGGAGAAUCAAGAUUCACAGGUUUUAUGAUAUCAGCUGAGGGCGAAGUGCGUCAAGAUCCGAAAAAUCCUCGGAAAAUGAUCACACUUUCGCCGGGAGAUGUGACUCCUCGGAAUUAUCUCACUACCAAGUUCAGUAACCGAUGUCAUUUUUCAGUUGAACAUGCUGUUGGUACUCCUAAGUCUUCAGCAGAGGUAUACUGGCAUGCUCCAGCGUCAGGCAAUGGUUGUGUGACAUUACGAGCGAUGGUGGCAGAGAAUAAAGAGAACUGGUACGAAGAUGGAGGACCCUUGUCCCUUUACCUUUGUGAAGACAUGCGACAACCAGACGAUAUUACCCCACAAGUAAACUAUGACUGUGAGAUUUGUGACGAAGCUAAAUACGAAAUAAAAUUCACCGGUAUAUGGUCGAGGAAUACCCAUCCUCGCUUUUACCCUGAAAAUGACUGGUUGCCCAGAUAUAGUGAUCUUGUUGGAGCAUCUCAUGCGGCAGACGUGAUCCUCUGGGCGCCAGGUUCCUUGACAACUGACGGAUUCAAAGACGUCGCUGAGUAUGCAAAUACUACACGGUUUGAACAGGAAAUACGGGAGAAGAUUGGCAGCGGUGUCCGUACAUUAAUAAAAGGCAAAGGGCAUGGAUAUCUAAAAAUGAAUUAUCCGACUUACGCAUUUAUCCGAACGGAUAAAGUCAACCAUCUGAUAACUGCCGCCGUGGGUAUUCAUCCCUCGCCGGACUGGUUUCUUGGGGUCAGUAGGUUCGAGCUAUGUCAAGGCGACAGUUGGCUAACUGAGAGGGAACUUAAUCUUUACCCGUGGGAUGCUGGGACGGAUAAUGGAGUGUCCUAUGAGUCAGCGAAUUUCCCAACAUUCCCCCAAGCGGCCAUUUCUCGAGUAGAGACCAGCUCGUAUGACAAACAUUCCCCAUUCUACGAAAUGGAUAUGAAGGAAAUGCAUCCGUUUGGGACGUUACGCAUCAAAUUAGUAAAAAUAUACACAAGAGACUGCACAAGCAAAACAAAUGAAGAACCCUCGGAGUCUACAACUGAAGAAGGAACUUCGACAACGGAGCAACCAUCAACAGAGUCCGAAGGUCUGUCAGAGCCAGAGGAGCCCUCAAGGUACCGAUACACAGAUAGCACAGGCCAACCCCCUCUGGUUACGGAUCCGGAAUCGUCCGAGGAUUGCCCCAUGACUCAGUGGUUAGAUUGGACUCCGUGUGACGGUCCAUGCGAGAAUGGAAGGGUCUCGGGUUUUCAAUGGAGAGAAAGAUUUCACUUGGUUGACGGAGUUGCCGUGGAGAAAUAUGAUCCUAAUGUUGAUCCAUCUACGAGAAAAGAGGUUCCAAGAUUUUGCAAAAAUCACUACGAGGAUUUUGAAAGACGGGAAUGUGAAGAUGAUUGUGAUGAAGAGCAGAAUGAAGUCGCGCGUUAAACAAAGAAGAAAUUACGAAAAUUUCCAUUUUAAUUAUAGAUGUUUUCAAUGAGAUUAUUAGAUAUAUAGAGAAUAGGUACAAUUACUGUAUAUAAGCAGUAAACUAUUAAUAUUAUUUGAACUAUGGACUUUUAAUAAAGGUAUUAAAUUUAAA